AUGUCGUCGCUGGGUACCGCACACCCUUCGACUCGUUUGGGCCGGCCUUUUUAUUUCCUGUUCGUUGUCCUCCUUCCUCCCUCGACCGCUUCGUUCAUUCUCUACAGAGAAGCUUUCCCUUCCUCCCUCGUGCCUGGAUCCCCUUUACCUCCGUCGUUCGACCGCUUUUUCACCUGCUUCUUCCUCCGGGAUCCUACUCCGGCAAGAGACCGCCGCCCUCCGAAGGAGCAGUCGGGUCUCUGUGCUUCCUUUUCAUCCAUUCCACCGCAUCAGAUCUGGCUAACUUCGUCGCAUUGGAUCUUUAUUUGCAAGUCGUCCGUAUCUCCGGCGUGGGCGUCGACGCCGUCUAGGGUCCCGACAAGGUCGGCGUCGUAUAGGGUUCCGUCAAGGUCAGCACCGUCUAGGUCCCCGUCAAGCUUCGUCAAGCUCGGCGUCGACGAGGUGCGACGGGCGGAGGCGGCGGGGAGUGGAGCUUGUUUGGAUUGUAAACCAGAAGCUGUCCUUGGCAUCCCGGGCUUGAUUGCCGCUUUGGAAGCCCAUCCUGCACACGGGGGUAGGCGCGGACGUGAGGCUCGAGGGCUACUACCGCGUAUGGCCGGCCUUGUGGACAAGCAGCGGUAUGACUCAGGAAUUUUCCUUCUCAGUAUCUUAGCAACUACAAAGGUCUCGGAAUCGAUGGUUUCUCUAAUGAUGGUCUACAAGGUCUACGUGAGAAAUUGCUUUUCGAGAUUGUCACUUGCAAGGACAAUGAAAUUCAGCUGCAAUUUGUAACUUCUUUCCUGCAGAGACAUGUAUUAAAAUCCCUACUUCUAUUUAACGCAAGUACAACCGACCAUAAUUUCUCUGGUAGACACUUGUUUUCGUUGGUGCGU